GAAGACAGCAGCUGUUAGCUAGCUAGCUGGUUGAGCUAUGUUUACUUUAUGUCCGUGAACAAUAGAAAGUAACUUCACGCGUUGUUGUUGAAGAGCAUUGAAAUACGUAUUUGAUCAAAACACUAAUGGUGUGGAGUCGGACUGUUGUAUUUCUCUCCGCACUGAGUGGCUAACCGCACAAAAAAAAAAAAGAGGAAGCGAUGAACUUCCAGGGCAGUCGGAGGCGAGGAGAGGAUGGCAUCGCCGUGGUGAUUGAUUUCCUGCUGUCUAAUGCCCAGCUGGUUCUGGGAGUCGGGGGGGCGGCCGUGCUUGGAAUCGCUACACUGGCAGUGAAACGGCUGAUAGAGCGCGCGGGCCGUGCCGCUGAUGAGGAUGAAAAGGUGAAGCGGAAGAUGGCCGAGAGCUGGGAGGAGUUGAGUUUGGUGUCUGCCUCCCCCACGAUGAUCAAGAAGGGCAUAGAGGGCGUGGUGAUGAAACAUGUCGCCAAGGCAGCCAGACAGCAGAAAGCUGACCUUUCACAACAGCCUCAGACAUCCUCUCCGGAGGUGCCGUCUAAACCCGAGUCCAAUUCUAAGAGACUCCAGCUGUGCGUCCUCAGUUUGCAGGAGCGACUGCAGCAGUUCUAUCACACGAGGGCGGCUCUAGCUCCGGAUGAGGUCCGGAGGGCUCAGUCUCUAGCUGUGGACAUCUGCACUGAGAUCCAGGCCUUUUUGCACAGACGCCUUCCUGACAUGCCCCUCGGAGAAAUGAGCCUCGGAGGUUCUCUACUGGAUGACCUGCAGGUGGUCAGUGCGGACCAUGCGUGUCUGCUGGUGCCUCUACAGCUGGAAGCCUCUCUGUGGCACCUCAUCCCGGGAGAGGAAACGCUGCUCACACACCCGCUGCACUGGAUGGUCCGACGGGUCAAUCUGGAAUAUUUUCCCAGAGGACUCAGCUACUGGGACAGGUACCUGGUGGGUGGUUACCUGUCUGCAGAAGCGGUUGUGAACAUGUUUAGUAAAGCUGUCAUGGAGACUAUAAACUGGCUGUCCAUCAGCAGCACUCUGGACUGUCUCGUCAGACCUGUACAGGGAGGACCAGACCUGAGACUGGAGAUUCGGCCUGGGAAUGAAGAAGGGGCAGAGAGCAGUGAUCCGCUGCUGUUCAUCUCCAUGCUGCCUCUGCUGAGGGAGGACGACGUGGUUCUGACUGCCCAGACGGAGCUCACCUCUCCCUGGGUCAAUGCCUGGCACCUGUCUCUCUACCCGUGGGAGAACCGGCGACUGACUCGGCUCGACAUCGCCGACGACGGAUACCGCCGGCACACGCUUAAAAUCCUCAAGGCGGUGUGCAGACUGAACCCGUCCCUGCGGCCACUCGGAGCCGCCCCGCUGGCCAAUCUCGUCCUGCGCCUCAGUGACAGUGAAAGCGACUGGUCCAAGAUCAGCCUGGAUGUGAGAUUCCAGCAGUGUAUCUCAGAGCUGAUUGGCUACCUGGAACAAGGGGCGUUACACAGUUACUUCAAGCCAGCUGUCAAUCUGCUGAGCGGCUUGUCAGAGGACCAGGUGGACCAGAUGGGUUUCAUGCUGUACUGCGCUGUGUCAGAGCCUGAAAUACUGCUUAUAUAACUGUCUGCACACACGGCAUCUUUCUAGCUCUGACACACAGACACAGACACACACAGAUCAAAUGAGUAAUCUGAUAUCGGUCACAAUGUUUGGUUCAAGUCGAAGAUGUCGUGUUCUUCCCACCUCGGACUGACGUUGUUUGGCUCCUCCGUCCUGCUUUUGAUGGAAGAAUACAGAAUGACAGCAUGCACCACACUGGAGGAGGAGAUGCACAGAGAGACGACAUGUGAAAGUGAUGAUCGGGCAAAACAAACCACUCGGAGGAAAGGACACGUGCCAAGGAAAGGAGCUGAGGAAAGUGUUUAUCACCAUAAUUGACAUGAUGCUUCAGGAUGUGCCUGAUCAGAACACCACAGCCACCAAAGUCUGCAUUUAAGUUUGAAUGAUUGUUUUUUUUUUUCACAGUGUGGCCACAUGCAGCUCAGUAUUUGAAUCACCAGCAGAGGACAGUUUAUUGCCUCUAACUGAUGGCGUGUGCUGUGCAUUAUUUUCCUAAAUCUCCUUUAAUAUAAUCUAACUAUGCAGAAAACGAAUGACCUGCUUAAUACCAACGGGCUGUAAUGCACUUAUAGAAGCAUUCGGUCUGUCUAACCUAUUUAACACAAAGGGUAUAUUUUAUCAUACUGGGGGUUAAAGUGUGCAGUAUUUUGUGUGUCCUGUUUGGUAUUCAGUCUGUUGCCAAUCUUAUUUGGGUUAACUAACCCUUUAAAUUAUGAUUAAAGUUGCCUAAUAAUUGUAUGCUGUUGCUUUUAAAUACCGUAUGAAUGUUGUGGCCAUUUCUUGCGUUCUUGCCGAGUGAUGGAGAAAUAGAUUUUCUGUGAUUGAACUUGUCAAACUGCAAAUAAUAAUUAAAGCGUUUGUUUAUAUUCUUGCUCAGU